ACUGCUUCCAAGAUUUUCGGUCUACGGGUAUUACAUUUAAAAUGCCGCUCACUGUGUGAGGCCCCGAUGGCGAGCGCCGCGGGUCCGGCACCGAGCGGCGGGCCCCUCAGCUUCAUGGGCUGCAUGAGGGAGGCCUCGCCGCCGCCUUACGAGGAGCAGCACCAUCAGAGGCCCGCGGGUCUGCCGACCGGCGAGACGAGCCACCUCGGCGGAGCCCACGGAUUCGACUCGAUGCCCAAGGCAGAGCCGAAGAAGCGACGCUUCCAUCCGCUGCGCGGACUGCGACGCAUCUUCCGGAAGAAGAGCCGUGGGGCAGCGGACGCGCGCCUCGGUGGUCCUGGAACCGCUGCUGAUCGGGAGACGAAUGGCGAGCACGUGCGCGACCGGGAGGAGAUCACCAUCCGUGAUCCGGCGGGACGCGCCGAGGAGAUCCGCAGCAGAAGCGCAAGCGAACUUCUCACGGACUCGUGCGACCGCGACCAGUGA